AUGGCUGAAAACAAUAUAAAAAUGGCCCUCAGUCCCCGGCAGACCUUUGAUGGUCAGAGGGUGCGAAGAAUCUCCGGGUCAGCCAUGACGAUUGCUACGUGGAACGUCAAGAGUAUGUACCGCACCUAUAAAGUGGUAAAUAUAGAACGGGAGAUGCUAAGACUUAAGAUAAACAUCCUUGGGGUGAGCGCCGAUAUUGGAUCUGAUCACAAUCCGGUUGUUGCAUCCCUUCGCUGUAGUAUGAAAAUUCUAAAACCUAAAUCAAAAAGACAACAAAUGGAUGUGACCAGACUUAAAGAACCGGAAAUACGGCUUAAAACAGCUACAGAAAUAAAUAUGGCUGUUGACCGCUUGAACAAAGAACUUGGUCCUAAUGUUGACGUAGAAGAGACAUGGACUAAAUUAAAGGAAAAGCUUGUUGAUACUGGUAAAAGAAUUCUCCAACCAUUAAAAUGUAAAAUAAAAAACCGCUGGAUCACUGAGGAGAUUUUAAGCCUAAUGGAACAGCGCAGAACCCACAAAGGAGUAGACGAUCAACAAUAUAAAUACAUACACAAGUUAAUCCAAACAAAAGUACUUGAAGCGGAAGAAAAAUGGAUGGUUGACCAAUGCAUUGCGAUAGAAGAGUUUGAGGCCAGAUAUGAUUAUUUUAAUGUGCAUAGGAAAGUCAGGGAAAUAACGGGUACUUUUAAAACACGAAACAUGAACUGUAACGUUUUACUGGAUGAUCAGGGAAAUCCUGCUAAAACAAUUGAAGAUAAACUUAAUACUUGGCAAAAUUAUAUAACAACACUAUUCCAUGACGUUAGACCUGCUCUAGAAUCAAGUUCAUGUGGAAGUACAAUAAGGCGCAUGGAAUCAGAA